GGCGGUGGUUGAGGAUGAAUUCGAAGAAAAAGUGUUAAUUCCAUAUGAUAAUUUGUUCAAAUUUGAUGGUAAGGUAAUUCAUGCAAUCGCCACCUCCAUACAACGACGUGAAAUUACUGUUAGCUUGGAUGGUCACCAAAAGAACAUUCCAUUUGAAUAUUUGGCUAUCGCCACCGGAAGUAAUUACCCACGACCUGGAAAGAUGGAAGACGAUAAUAAAUCCGAAGCAGCUAAAAAGAUUGUUGAACAGAGGAAUGCUAUCAAGGAUGCAAAAAGGAUUUUAAUCAUUGGAGGAGGACCAGUUGGUAUUGAACUCGCCGGAGAAAUCGCAACAAACUAUCAAGAUAAACAAAUUACACUCGUUCACUCUGAUACAGGUUUACUCAACUCGAAAUUUCCUCCUAAAAUAAGAAAUAUGUUGGCUGAUCAGCUAAAAGAAUUGAACGUGAAACUUGUGUUUGGAGAAAAAGUAGAUCUAACUUCUGGCAACCUUAACGGAUUAACUACAACAACCCUGAAAACCAACAAAGACACGGUGAUUGAAUCCGACGUGCAAUUU